UGCCCUUCCCCCACCGACUUCCGGCUGCCGCUCUGGUUCUCCCGCCUCCGACUGUGAGGCGGCUCGUAGACGUCCCGCCAUGGCACUGUCGCGGGGGUUGCCCCGGGAGCUGGCCGAGGCGGUGUCCGGCGGCCGGGUGCUGGUGGUUGGCGCGGGUGGGAUCGGCUGUGAGCUGCUCAAGAACCUGGUGCUCACUGGCUUCUCCCACAUCGACCUGAUUGAUCUGGACACUAUCGAUGUCAGCAACCUCAACAGGCAGUUCUUGUUUCAAAAGAAACAUGUGGGAAGAUCAAAGGCUCAGGUUGCCAAAGAAAGUGUGCUCCAGUUCCACCCCCAAGCCAACAUUGAGGCUCACCAUGACAGCAUCAUGAACCCAGACUAUAAUGUGGAGUUUUUUCGACAGUUUAUAUUGGUCAUGAAUGCAUUAGAUAACAGAGCUGCACGAAACCACGUGAAUAGGAUGUGUCUGGCCGCUGAUGUGCCUCUCAUUGAGAGCGGGACUGCUGGGUAUCUCGGACAGGUGACCACUAUCAAGAAGGGUGUGACUGAGUGUUACGAAUGUCACCCUAAGCCUACCCAGAGGACGUUCCCUGGCUGUACGAUUCGGAACACACCUUCAGAACCUAUCCAUUGCAUCGUAUGGGCCAAGUAUUUGUUCAACCAGCUGUUUGGAGAGGAAGAUGCUGAUCAAGAAGUGUCUCCUGACAGAGCUGACCCUGAGGCUGCUUGGGAACCAACAGAGGCUGAAGCUAGAGCUCGAGCAUCUAAUGAAGACGGAGACAUUAAGCGUAUUUCCACUAAGGAAUGGGCUAAGUCAACUGGAUAUGAUCCAGUUAAACUUUUUACCAAGCUUUUUAAAGAUGAUAUUAGAUAUCUGCUGACAAUGGACAAACUCUGGCGCAAGAGGAAACCUCCAGUUCCACUGGACUGGGCUGAAGUGCAGAGUCAAGGAGAAGCCAAUGCCGAUCAACAAAAUGAGCCCCAGUUGGGUUUGAAAGACCAGCAGGUUCUGGAUGUAAAGAGCUAUGCGAGUCUGUUUUCAAAGAGCAUCGAGACUCUGCGAGUCCAUUUAGCGGAGAAGGGGGAUGGAGCUGAGCUCAUCUGGGAUAAGGACGACCCACCUGCAAUGGAUUUUGUUACAUCUGCUGCAAACCUCAGGAUGCACAUUUUCAGCAUGAAUAUGAAGAGCAGGUUUGAUAUAAAAUCAAUGGCAGGGAAUAUCAUUCCUGCUAUAGCUACUACUAAUGCAGUGAUCGCCGGCUUGAUAGUGUUGGAAGGAUUAAAGAUUUUAUCUGGAAAAAUAGACCAGUGUAGAACUAUUUUUUUGAAUAAGCAGCCAAACCCAAGAAAGAAGCUCUUGGUGCCCUGUGCACUGGAUCCUCCCAACACCAACUGUUACGUUUGUGCCAGCAAGCCAGAGGUGACUGUGCGGCUGAAUGUCCACAAAGUGACUGUCCUCACCUUACAGGAUAAGAUAGUGAAAGAAAAGUUUGCUAUGGUGGCACCAGAUGUCCAAAUUGAAGAUGGGAAAGGCACAAUCCUGAUAUCUUCAGAAGAGGGAGAGACAGAAGCCAAUAACCCCAAGAAGUUGUCUGAUUUUGGAAUUAGAAACGGCAGCCGGCUUCAAGCAGACGACUUCCUCCAGGACUAUACUUUGCUGAUCAACAUUCUUCAUAGUGAAGAUCUUGGAAAGGAUGUUGAAUUUGAAGUAGUUGGUGACAGCCCUGAAAAAGUGGGGCCAAAACAAGCUGAAGAUGCUGCCAAAAGCAUUGCCAACGGCAGCGAUGACGGUGCCCAGCCUUCCACCUCCACAGGGAUGAUUAGAUGAGUUUGUGCACAGUGCUCAGAGCAGUCCCUGGCGGUUGUAAGUGGCUUGUUGCUGUUGCUGCUCUUUCCUCUAUUAGGGUGCCCCUCCCCUUUUCAGCGGGGACUCUCUCAGGAGGCAUGAUGAUGCAUUUGAAUUAUAUGCUAGUCAUUAUUUUUUUGUUUUGCUUGAAAAAAAUAGGCAAAUUGCCCUGGGUCAGUUUGGCUCCCCAGUAACAACCUUCUCCUAAGAGUAGAUGUGCUUGGUACAGCAAACACCAGACAGCUUCCCUGAGGGUGGCCAGGGAGGGGGGCUGGGAUUCUGCUGUGUGAGGCCUUGGUGAGCCAUUGACAUCUCCCUCACAUCACUGUUCUUUGCUUUGUUUUCCAAAAUAAGCACAAGAGCAAGAUGAUGUGCUCAUAGUUGAUUCAGACGAAGAAGGCCCUUCAAAUAGCACCGACUGCAGCGGGGACGACAAGGCCCGCAAGCGGAAGCUGGAAGAGAAUGAGGCUGCCAGUACCAAGAAGUGCCGCUUGGAGCAGAUGGAAGAUCCAGAUGACGUCAUAGCGUUAGACUGAGCAGGCUCCUGCCCUUGGUCUGGUCGGAACCAAAAGUUAGAUCCUUUGUGUGGCUUUGAUGGUUCCGUUCAGCGUUCAUUUGCUGAGACUGUUCGAGACUGUUGCUGUGUUGAAGUAGGAAUAGAAUUUGCAACCCUUUGAGCAAAGCUGGGUGAUGAGCUGAAAGAACGCGGGCGUGCAUGUUGCCUUCCCUGUAAAUAGCCUUAGCUAUCAUUUCCUAGUGGAAAACACUGUGGGGUAGGAACGCUGCAACCUGGGUAUAAAUAUUAUGCCUUUAUUUUUGGCUAGAGAAAAGUUAUUUUUAGCCUAGAUCUAACCAUUUUCAUACUCUUACCUGAAAGAUUCACAGAAGUGUCAAGUGCUAUGCAUUGAAACUUGUUUUUUAAACAUUACCUGGCACUGUGUAUAUUAAUGUAAAACAAUGUUAAUUUACCCAGAUUUUCAGUUUGUACUGCCUGGUAUGUCUGUGUAAGAAGCCAAUUUUUGUGUAUUUGUUACAGUUUCAAGUUAUUUAUAUUUGAUGUUUUGUAAACUCAAACAACAAAUAUACUGUACUUAUGGACCAAAUAAA